CUGCGGCUGUUCCGGGCGGCGCUGGUGGCCCGAGGUGACACCAACGUCAUCCUGUCACCCUACGGGGCCACCUCGGUGCUGGUGGCCCUGCAGGUGGCCACGGCCGGGAGGGGACGGCGGCAGCUGGAGGAGGCCAUCGGCUUCAGCAUCGACGCCCCGGGGGUCCCGGCCGCGCUGCGGGGGCUGCGCCGGGCGCUGCGGGGUCGCGCUCACGCCCUGGCGGUGGCCCAGGGGCUCUUUGUGGCCCGGGGGGUGCCCCUGAGGGGUCCCUUUGUCACCCGCCUCGGGCGGGCGCUGGGACCCCGCGGCCUCGCCCGCCUGGAGCUCCGCGAUGGGGAGGGGGCUCGGAGGGUCCUCAACGCCUGGGCCCGGGACAGGACACGCGGGCUGGUGUCCGGCCUGGUGCCCCCCGGGGCGCUGUCCCCCCGUGUCCGGCUGUUGGCGGCCAGCGCUGAGUUCUUCGGGGGGUCCUGGGGGGUCCCGUUCCCGCCCGGAGCCACCCGGGCCCGGCCCUUCCUGCGCCCCGACGGCUCCGAGGGCAGCGCGGACGUGAUGGAGGCGACGCUGAGGCUGAGAUGUGGUGACUUCGAGUCCCCCGGGGGGGUCCCGUUCGUGGUGGCCGAGGUGCCGUACGCGGGGGGGGAGGUGGCCCUGCUGCUGCUGGCGCCCCUGGAGCGCCACGUCCCCGUUGUCACCCUGGUGCCGCUGCUGGACGCCCGCAGCGUCACCGCGUGGGUGGCGCAGCUGCGGCCCGCGCCCCGCGUGCUGGCGGUGCCACGCUUCUCCCUGGAGACCUCCUGGGACCUCCGGGGUCCCCUCAAGGCCUUGGGGAUCCUCGACCUCUUCGACCCGGAGCGCGCCGACUUCUCCCCCGUGACAGGUGAGGAGCAGCUCGUUCUGGGCCCGGUGCUGCAGAAAGUUCGGAUGGAGGUGACCGAAAACGGCACCGAGGCAGCCUCGGCCUCAGCUGCCGUGGUUUAUUCCCGCAUGGCCCCCCCCGAAAUCGUCUUGGAUCGACCCUUCCUCUUCCUCAUCCGCCACCGCCCCACAGGCGCCGUUCUCUUUGUGGGGCAGGUGACGGAGCCCUGA